UUUUUAGCGGGGGAGAGACGCAUACUUUUUCACAUUAAUUGAGAAUUGAUUGGACUAACACCUCCACUGCUACCCCACUUCCACUUCUCUUCCCGAAUCUGCUGUUUUUUAUAGUUAUUGGAUGGAUCAUUGAUCGGUCGGUGCAGUGGGAUUGGGAAGACCGCCGGCAAAAUGAGCUUCCAAGAUCUUCAAAAUGGAGCAAAGCCUUCAUCUUCCUCCCUCUCUCGAACUUCCCCCUCCCAGGCCGUCGCCGCCGGCAUUUUUCAGAUCAACACUGCCGUCGCCGGAUUUCGUCGACUCGUCGAUGCCAUCGGAACCUCCAAGGACACUCCUGAUCACCGUCAGAAGCUGCAUAGUUCGAGGCAAAGGAUACUGCAAUUGGUAAAGGAGACCUCCGCUAAGCUCAAAUCCCUCAGCGAAUCCGAUCAGGCUGCCAAUGUCAAUCCAAGUAAGAAAGUUGAGGAUGCAAAGCUUGCAAGAGAUUUUCAAACUACCUUGCAAGAAUUCCAGAAAGUUCAACAGCUUGCUGCUGAGCGCGAGUCCACUUAUUCGCCUUCUGCUCCGUCAUCCAUACCUCCAGCCUCCAGCUCUGAUGAGUACUUGGCACUUAAUAUGGAUCAGGAGAACCAGCCUUUUCUAGUAGGACAGAAGAGGCAAGAGGUACUAUUUCUAGGAAAUGAAAUUGCAUUCAAUGAGGCCAUAAUUGAGGAGAGAGAACAGGGAAUUAAGGAGAUACAAGAUCAAAUUGGACAGGCAAAUGAGAUAUUUAGGGACCUAGCUGUUCUAGUUCAUGAGCAGGGUGUGGUCAUUGAUGACAUUCACUCAAAUAUCGAGGCCUCCUCUGCCGCAACAACACAAGCUACGGCACAGCUUUCUAAGGCUUCUAAAAGUGUGAAAUCUAGAUCUUCAUGGUGUUGGUGGGUGCUGGCAAUUGUCGUGUUGGUGGUGGUCAUUCUUCUUAUUGUGCUUAUCAUAUAGUGUGGUUUGGGGAAUUUUUGUGUCUUGUGUGUUCCCUUUUCCCUUUUUUUAUUAGUCUGAUAAAUCUUUAUAUUAUUAAAGUGGAAACUGGUUUUCUUUGCUGUUCCUCUCUGUUUACAGGGACAAUACUACUACUUGUACAUUUAUGUUGGGUUUGUGUGGAUGGUGGUGGUCUCUGCCUUCCUUAAUUCGGAAUUUUUUGUCUUCUA